AAAAAGAAAUCAACUAUGUAGUUGAUUGGCAUAUUACCCAUUACAAGAAAAUAGAAUACCAAACAGCUUCACAUGAUGAAUAUGGAGAUAUUUUUAACGAUUCCAUUAAAAUCAUUCUAAAUGAAGACUUAACCGAAGAACCGGUUAACUCAGAAAAUCUAGCAAAAGAAAUGAAAAAUGUUCAGGAGAACAUAAACGAAGCAGAUAUUGCAACUUAUACAAUGGACCUCGACUAUAAACCACCUGUCGAAUUAAAUAACCUAUGUUUUGAAUGCCAAUACCCUUACAAUGAAAAAGAUUUAAUUGAAAACAUUUGCAAUGAAUGCUACAAAGAAAGCACACUUCCAUGUGUUAUCUGCCAAAAUGAAACACUCAGAAUUAAACUUAAAAGAAAUAUUUGUGAAAAAUGCUUUGAACAAGAAAUAAUGAUCAAUACAAUGAUCAAUAUUACACCAAAAUGUAACCACUGUAAAAACGAAACACCCGCAAACUUAUUACAAAAUGGAAAAUGUAACAUGUGCAGAAAUAUACAAGAAAAAGACGAGAUUCAAGAAAUUCCACCAGAAGAAUUUAAACCUAAAGAAGCGAAACAAAAAGAAGAAGAAUUCAACUUCGAAAAAAUCAAAAGAACAGAAAUCGAACAAAUUAAAGAAAAUAUUAUUAACUUGCAAAGAUUAGUGAAUGAGCAAGCUAAACAUAUUCGAAUUUUGAAACAGGCAAUCGAAAUUCACCAAUUAAUGUUUAACGAACUGAACCAAGAAAAUAUUAAUCUUAAACGAAAGUUUGAAGAAUUUGAAGAAAAAGAUUAUCUUUCGAAACUUCGAAAUAUUACAUUAAUUGACCAACAG